CUUCUUUCUACGAAACCGUUUGUUUUGAUUACACAAUUUUGACAACACCGUGCAUGCAAUAAUUCCCGGGCGAUACAGCAAAUAAAACCUCCAAAAUGUCGAAAGCGGCGGGACGGCUGAAAACGAUGAAGAAAACGUUCGACAAAAUCAACCACACCAGCAAGCUGCGAACAAACAUCCCAGCCGGCAUGGCAGUGGCCGGUCCACCACUGGGGCCGAUGCUCGGUCAGCGGGGCAUUAACAUAGCGGCGUUUUGCAAAGACUUCAACGAACGGACCAAAGAGAUCAAGGAAGGCAUUCCACUGCCCUGCCGGGUGGCCGUCACCUCCGACCGGGCGUACGAGCUGACGAUCCACUCACCUCCCGCUACGUUCCUGCUCAAGCAAGCGGCCGGCAUACAGCGCGGUGCCAUGAGCCCGGGCAAAGAGAUUGCGGGCAAGAUCACACGAAAGCAUUUGUACGAAAUAGCGAAAAUCAAACUUCAAGAUCCACCCAACGCACUACUCACGCUGGAGCACAUGUGCAAGGCGCUGGUCGGAGUCGCCCGCACGUGUGGGAUCGAAAUAGUGAACGAGCUCGAUCCGGCCGAGUACAAGGAUUUUCUCGAACAGCGGCGGCAAGUGGUCGAAGAUCAGCGCAAGGAGCUGCAGGAGAAGCGGGAAGCGCGCAUGUUGCGUGUGGGUUAGAGUGCGUGUGUACUUUAUUUGAGCAGUAGAGGAAUAAAACGGCGCUACGUAGCAAAGUCGA